GCGAAACUAAGUGGGGAAAAUAAUGCGCCAAACAGAUAUUCUGGAGAGAGACCUGGCAUGUUGCUCAAGUGACGGCUUUAUUGAUUUUCAAUCGCAACAGCCCCCGAAGGAAGGAAUCGACCAACAAAAAAAGGAACAUAAACAAAAACAAAUCGCCACUAUUUAAAAACUAUAUAGCUGUAAUCACCACAAGCCAGAUGGCGAGGAGGAGAACAUUAAGAGAUCUAGAUGAUACUAAACUGCAGCUGCGCAACUGUAAACAAUCUAAACUUGGGUGGUUCGGUGGUGCCCUCGUGCUUGCGACAACGGCGGCUGCGAAAUGGAAUCCCAACUGGUGGUGCCGACGCACCAAGCUGGAGAGAAGCCUGCUUAUGUUGAGCGGUAUUCUGUUCCUGGUCGCCGUCUCGGCCUUUGGCCUCUGGAUAUUCGAUGUACUCAAACCGAUGGCCGGGCCGGGCUCUGAUCUGCCGGAGGAGCCACCAGAGCCGACCGCAUUGCAUGGCGAUAGCACCACUAUGAACAAAGUGCCGUCCGUUGUCGGUACCAAGGGCAAGGCGGAGUCGGAUAAUAUUUGCCUGACCAAGGAGUGCAUACACACCGCCUCCACGGUGCUCAAAAAGAUGAAGCCCGAGGUGGAGCCGUGUGAUAAUUUCUAUGAGUUUGCCUGCGGCGCCUACAUUGAGGACGAGAAAAUACCCGACGACAAGGUAUCGAUUAGUACGUUCUCUGUCAUCUCGGACAAGUUGCAGGAGCAGCUUAAGGACAUCAUCACAGCCGAGCGACCCGACACCGAGCCCAAACACUUCCGUCUUCCCAACUUGCAGUACAGGGCCUGCAUGAACAAAACAUUGAUUGAAUCGCUGGGUGCGAAGCCAAUUGCUGAGAUUGCCAAAUCACUUGGCGGCUGGCCCCUGAUCGAGGGCGACUCUUGGAAUGCAGACGACAGCUGGACCUGGCAGGAGCAGGUCAAGAAAUUCCGUGCCGCCGGCUUCAGCAUGGACUAUAUCAUUGAUUUCUCCAUUGGUGUGGAUCUGCAGAAUAGCACCAAGCGCAUUAUCGAUCUGGAUCAAUCCACGUUGGCUCUGAGUCGCGAGUUCCUGAUGAAGGGCUUCAAUGAGACACUGGUCACUGCCUAUUACGAUUACAUGGUGGACAUUGCGGUGCUCUUUGGCGCCAACAAAGACCAGGCCAAGACCCAGCUGCUCACAUCCCUCGAAUUUGAGAUGGCGCUGGCCAACAUCUCGUGGCCUAAUGAGAAGCGUCGCAACUCAUCGCAGCUGUUCAAUCCACGCUCGGUGCAACAAUUGCAGGCCGCCUAUCCGUACGUGCAAUGGGUGGACUACAUGAAUGCCCUGCUGCCCGUUGGCCUAAGCGUGCAGGACGAUGAGGUAAUUAAUCUGACGGUGCCGUCCUUCUUCGAGGAACUGGGCAAACUGCUGGCCAAGACGCCCAAUCGCGUGAUUGCCAACUACAUGAUGUGGCGCAUACAUGCCUUCUCCAUUGGCUUCCUCAGCGAGGAGUUCCGCAAGCGGCAGCUGCAAUAUGCCACUGCGCUGUCCGGCCGACAGGAGCAGGAGGCACGCUGGAAGGAGUGCGUGGAUAUUGCUGCUGGCAGUGACUUUGGCGUACUUGAAGAAGAUAUUACUAACCUUGGCAUAUCCGUGGGUUCGCUCUACGUUCGCAAGCACUUCAAUAAGGACUCCAAGGCGAAUGCUUUGGAAAUGGUCAAUGACAUACGCAAUGUGUUCAGCGACAUAUUGAAUGAAAUCAACUGGAUGGAUGACAAGACGAAGAAGGAGGCUCAGCAGAAGCUGUACAGCAUGGCCACCCACAUUGGCUAUCCCGACGAGAUGCUGGACAACGACAAGCUGGCCAAAUACUAUGAGAAACUGGACAUCGAUCCAGAUCGUUAUUUUGAAUCCUUCUUGAAGAUGAACAUCUUUGGCACAGACUACUCGUUCAACAAACUGCGUCUGCCGAUCAAUAAAACCGACUGGGUGCGCCAUGCCCGGCCAGCAGUUGUGAAUGCCUUCUACUCCCCCCUGGAGAAUAGUAUACAGUUCCCUGCUGGCAUACUGCAGGGGCAAUUCUUCAGUGCCCAGCGACCCAAGUACAUGAACUACGGUGCAAUUGGUUAUGUUAUUGGUCAUGAAAUAACGCACGGAUUCGAUGAUCAGGGUCGCCAGUUUGAUGUGAAGGGCAACUUGCGGGAUUGGUGGCAGCCGGACACACACAAGGCAUACCUGAAGAAGGCUCAGUGUAUUAUUGAACAGUAUGGCAACUACACGGACCGUCUCACUGGCUUGAAUUUGAACGGCAUCAAUACCCAGGGCGAAAAUAUAGCUGAUAAUGGUGGCCUCAAGGAGUCAUAUAUUGCAUAUAAACGCUGGGUGGAGAAGCACGGGCCGGAACCGAAGUUGCCUGGCCUGGACUAUACACCUGUCCAAAUGUUCUGGAUCUCAACUGGACAGACUUGGUGUGGCAAAUAUCGGAAAGAAUCCCUGAAGAUGAGAAUCACCACUGGUGUGCAUUCUCCCACAGAGUUCCGAGUGUUGGGCUCAAUGAGCAACAUGAAGGACUUUGCCAAGGAUUUCCAAUGCCCAGAGGGCUCCCCCAUGAAUCCUGUGCACAAGUGUGAAGUGUGGUAGAGAUUAGCUGUAGCAUGAUUGUAUUUCCAUUGAAUAUAUUUGAUUGUAUGUGUGUCUUUGUCACAAGCGAAAGGGCUUCUUAGUUAAUAUUCAAAGAUAUGUUAGCAAUCAGGUCCUCACUCUAUGGGCUAAUCUCACGUAGUAGAUAAACCAUUACUUCCCUAGCGUAUUUAUGCUAAGUAAGCAUAAUGUAAAUUUAUUUAAUAAAAUUUGUUUUUAUGUAUGAAAAA